AUCCAAGGGACUCUUCUGAAUCGACUGUAUCUGCUGCAGAACAGACAGGAAUUCUGAAGUUGAAGCGGCUGUUUGGGAUUCUUCAGGGGGCUUGUCUUCCCUUCUUUAGGGGGCUUACAUUGUCAUUCUGAAUAUGUGAUUGGAGCAGUGGCUGUGUGAGAGGCACUUAGACCUUUUAGAUAUAUGACGAUAACACAUGGCACAAGUGGUUUUAAAACUGUUACGAUGGGCUAAACCUGGAUCCAGACAGCACUGAAAUGAAUCCUCUCCUGCAAUAUUUCAUGACAGUCUUUGAGUGUAUAAGCUUAUGGCUGAAAUGUGGCCUUGCAAGACUUUGGGGAGCUCUUCCGAUAGUCAACACCUGGAUAGCAUCCCCAGGUGUCACAGAUGGAGGAUCAUACAAGGCAGACUCAGAGGAGUGGAAAACCGAUGAGGCGCUCCGCACAUAUCACCUUGGAGAUGUGGACGAAACCAUGGUUACAGUCCAAACCAGCACACAUGCAUUCAAUGUCAACCUCGGGAGACUCUCGGAGUGCAGCGAGUAUUUCCGAGCCUUGUCCCAGUCCAGAAUGAGAGAGACCUCAGAAAGCCUCAUCCACCUGGACCACGUGUCCUCCUCCGUCUUCUACAGUCUCCUUGAGUUCUCCUUCCAUGAUGAGUUUAAAGUCCCUCAGGAAGAGUUGGACACGCACAUCCAGGUCAGUAGCUAUCUCCUGGCUCAGGGCUUCCUCUCAAAGUGCCUGUCAUUCUUGGCAGAUGAACUCAGCCCAGCUAACUGUUUGUCCUACCUGAGUCUGGCUCAGGAGAUCUGCUGCGUGGAGCUGAAGAAGACGGUGUUGACCUUCCUGGGCAGAAACCUGCUGGAGAUGCCUCAGCUCAUCAAGUGUCUGAACGAUGAAGAGAAGGAUGAAGUGGUCCAGCUGAGGAUUCAAGGAGACCGACGUCUCUGCAGCCUGAGAAAAGAGAACCUGACCACUUGGAACGACCCAGAAACAGAAUGUGCACGAUAUAUCUUCACCCUGAAAGGGCCCGAGGACAGUGGAGACUGGUAUCCAGUUACAGAGUUUCCUUUCAGGGCUGAUAAGUGGUGUUUCACCACAGUGGUCCUGUAUAACUACCUGUACAUUAUAGGAGGCUACAGGCACCGUGUGCGGAGAGGCUGGGAGUUCAAGAUGGCUUCUUUUAGGUAUAAUCCCUUAACUAAUACAUGGGUCACCACGGCGCCUCUGAUCAAGCACAGAAGGCACUUCAGUGCUGUGGCCUGUGAAGGCUGUAUUUACGCAGUGGGAGGCUGGUACUUGGAGUCCUUGGUGACUCCUGACUCCAACACGGCUCUCUAUACAGCUGUAGAAUGCUACGAUCCAUGGGACGACACGUGGAGGUUUGUCUCCUCACUGCCGCUCACGGACUUCCAGUUCACCAUGUCCUUGUCCCAUGACGUGCCCCUUGCCACCAGCCUCGGGCAUUGUUUCUACGUGUUGGGGAGCAUCCAGAGGACUGGAGAGAAACUGCUGCUGCAGUACGACACAAGACAAGACUCCUGGACUGAACUGCUUCCCACCCUCACCAGAGCAGAUGCAGACCUCCCUGCUCUUUACUUCCUGUGUGCCACUGACAGGCUGCUUGUGAUCGGUGGGAACAACUCCGAAAAUGUGGUGACAUCAUUCUGCCUCCAGUCCCACAGAUGGGGACAGGUGCACAGGGCUGAGAAAGUUGCCUUUGCAGGACAGGGGACAGUCGCAGGUGAGCAGGUGCUGAUGCCCAGCAUAGAGCACAACACCGUUGCGAGGAUGGAUCUCCAGACGCUCUCCACCAGAGCUCUUCCUCCUCUCCCCAUCUCCACUCGCUAUGAGGCUAUUUUUUAUCUUCACUUCUAAUGUUGUAGUCAGCUUCUUUGCCACACUGCCAUUCUUGUUUUUGUGGAUUACAGUACAGUGACGCUGCUUGAUUCUUUCACAAAUAUAAGGAGAUGAACUGACUCCCUUGGUGGAUUAGCGAUGGUGGAUAAUCACCAUCUCAGGCUUUUAGUUGAAAGUUUGUUUCUAUUGGCGCAGACUACAAUGGACAUAUGUCUUAAAGCUUAAAGAGCAAAGAGAACCUCAGAACUUGACUUCAUUGUAAGUUAUACUGCGAUUAUAUUCAGUUUGGCCUUUGGUACAUAGCCUGGUUUUAGUUUCUGCUGUAUGAGUACCUGCACAUUCUGUGUAGUUUCUACAGUUCUGCCCUUGCAUGUGAAAUUUUAAAUCCCAAUCAGAUUUUAUCCUUGUUUAAUCCUCCUGUUGUCUUAACAUUCUGUAUACGCUCCUCGUCCUCCGGGUCAAAAAGGACCCACCCUCACCGAACAUCUAAAAUAAAGCAAUUUCAUUUCAUUUUAAAUGCCAAAUAUAUUUAGCAUUUUUAUUGUAACACAGCUGUCAUAUAUGCUUUCUCUACUAAAGUAGAUUUUUAUUAUUAUCAUUUAAGUUACUGCAAAGAUGGUAAACAUUUUUUUUUUUUUAUCAAGAGAUAGUAUCAAGAAAGUAUCACAAAUGUGCAGAAAGUAGUUUUGUGAAAUUGAUGAAAUUUUAUCCUUGGUUAAUAAAGGUUAUUUAUGAUAAGAAUCUUUUUAUGACACCAUGGAAGUUAUGACCCGACCCAAGACUCAAAUCCUGUUUAUUUUCUUGUUUGUUGUUUAUGAAGACAUUUCCUUUCAUACAUACAGUAUUAUUGGAUUUGAAUGUUGUGAUAUCACUUUGGUCAGAAAAUGUCACACGAUUAAGAUAGCAUAUUUUGUUUUCUGUCUCCUUUUAGAAAAAAAAAACUCUAUUUACUAUCCUGUAAUCCAGGCAAAGUCAUGAUGCUAGAAUCAGCUGAUGGUAUCCUGAGAGUUUCAUGCUGUCCGCCACAUUUGAACACUGCUUGCACUCUCAGUCAAUGAAGAGAAAAUGGCACAUUGCUCUCGGUCACA